AUGAGCACGGACGAGCCAAAGGUAGCCCCCAAUGUAUCAUUGCCAUUGUCAUUCCACAACAGCUUUUGGACACCCGACUACCGCACGGGUCUAGCUGUGCUCUUCAAUAAGCUCGAGCAGGGCAUCGCUGAGAACGCAGAGGUCGUUACAUUCAUUCGUUCUCGAGUUGCUGCCGAGCGUAAUCUCGCCGCCUCACUUAUCAACCCACCACUUACAGGCUCACGUGGUACCGGUUUUGAUGCAGAUGAUGGUGCAGCACUACUACGCGCUUUCCAGGGGCUACAGGCCGAAUCGGCCUCACAGGGAAAUGCGCAUAAGAACCUUGCACAGGAAUUAGAUAGCAUGGUUGCCGAUCCAUUCGAACACUGGGCAGCCGGGCACGCAGAGCGCAUCCGAGACUCUCAUCAUGUCUUGCUCGACGUAUAUAUCAAAAACUACGAAGACAAGGGUAUCGAGAUAAACAAGUUGAAACAAACCUACCUUAAUAAGACUCGCCUUGCUAACGAAGCUGAAGACGAUGCCAAAUUCGCACCUCAUCAGAAUCUCGGUGACGCUUAUACCUCUCCUCGGCUCAAGCCCACCACUCUAUCUCGUGCCGGUACAGUCUCUGAUCGAAUCCUGCAACAAAUGGGUGUCUCUCCCUCUCGGGAGAAUAGUAUAGCCUCGGACGCCGCCUCAACCGCAACUGCUGAUACUUCAACCACUGAGCCUAAGGUAGACAAGGGCAAGGGACGCGCUACAUCACCUCCCCCUGAGGUGGCGUCUCCACUGGUUAUGUCUCCUACCAUGCCCCCCAAGCUGGAUAUCCCAGCUGUGGAUCAGCCUUUGCCUCCAAUUCUGCUAGCAGGUUUAGCACUUUCUCCAGCAGCUCUGUCGGCCUUGCUUCUUCAGGCUUCCAAGGAGCUCAAGACUACGACAGUCAAACUCCCGUUUAUUGCGGAGUACAGGGACUGUUUCACUGGUGCCGACUUUGUCGACUUUUUAAAAUCGAAGGUACCCGGAUUGGGAGACAGCGUUGAGCGCGCCGAUGAAGCUGCUCGAGACCUAACCGAACGCGAGAAUUUGUUGAGACGUAUUGGUGAAUUGGGAAACGCGUUCGAAGAUUCGCAGGCAGCGCUAUACCAGUUUAGACCCAAGGCAUUUAAUCUCGAAGCUGAAAUCCGCGCUUCAUUACAACCUCCCAAUUCGGCGGAUAAACCCGCUCCUUCUCCUUCUCUCCUAUCGCCUGCAUCGAACGUAAUGAAGCGCUCUGGUACUGUUAUGAAUUUCAUUCAACGUGCGGUUAAGAAUGCCAACACUCCUGCCGAGCCUCCUCACAUUCGUGCCCGAAAUGAAGCUGAUGCCGCAGAGCGUGCAUAUCGAACCGCGAUCCGAGUCCUCGACAAACAGCGCCUAGGAGUGGAGGAAAAGGUUGAAGAAGCACUCAAAGUAUUAAAUAAGUGGGAGAUUGAGAGACUGAGGGCUGUGAAGACAGUGCUGCAACAGUAUCAAGCUGCUCUUUCCACUCUCCCCAAUGCCCUCACCACCUCGAUUAAUCGAAGCAAACCACUCAUCGACGCAUUCACUCCUGAGGCUGACGCUACUGCCCUCAUUGAACGUGCACGAACCGGACCGUUCGUCCUACCGCACACCUCUUUGAAAAUCUGGGGCGCGGCUGCUUGGGGAGAAGGAGAAGCUGCUCCGGACGCCAUCCCCAGUGUUAUUACUGCGCUUCUCGGCGGUCUCGAAGCAAAAUACCCCGGUCUCCCAAGCGACGAGGAGAGGCGCAGGACUUGGAUUUACGAAGUACCAUUGGCUGUGUCUCAUCGAUUACGCGAGGCGAUCAACGACAUACCUAGUAAUCAGGAUAUUCCUUCUGGGCUGUUCGACAAGUUUGACGCACCCGUGUUGGCUGCGACGACCAAGUUGUGGUUCCUUGAGUUAAAUCCACCUCUCGGGCUUUGGGAAACCUGGGAUGAGUUGCGCAAGAUUUACCCCUCUGUCGGAGCUGCUCAAACUGAAGAUCGCCGCGUGGAAGAUUUGCAAACGGUGUUGAUCAAACUGCCCAAGGUUAACUUGUUGGUACUCGACGCAAUCAUCAAGCAUCUGAAAGAACUUGUCGAGGAAACAUUGGGAGCUGAUGAAUCUCGCGAUGUCUAUGUUGCUAAACUCGGGUUGUCUCUUGGACGGAUUUUCAUGCGCCCUAAGGUUGAAAAUGAGCUAUCGAUUCAAGAUAGACACCCCAAGUUGCUUGUCAUCGACCUUAUCGACCGCUACGAUGAGAUUCUCCCACCUACGGUGGCCAAGAAGAAACGCGAAGUGGAACGAAAGGCUCCCAUGCGCAAACGUACCAAGCCCUUUGACGAGCGGAUCAACCGCCGUAGCGCGCAUUUGCAGGAUCCGCGUAAACUUCUGGAGGUACAACACGCAAAUCUGGCAGGAAGAUCUAGAUCGGCUUCGAACGUUGGUCAAAGGCCCACUAUACAGCCCGCCGGCUCUACCGCGCAGUCCCCAGGCACCGAAGCUGCACCGCCAGCGCCACCGCCUGGAUUUGUCGACCCGGGCCCACCUCCUCGUCCUGCGUUUGUGGAUCCAGGUGAGCCGCCGCGACCAACUUUUGCGGAACCCAAGGACGAGCGGCCCACAUUUGCUGAGCCCAAAGAUGACGAGGCUAGCUUGAGUGUACCUCAGGAUGAUGGGAUAGUGAUACAACCCCCAACUCCGAUUAGCGGACCUGGGGAAAACGCGGCGUCCCCUACUGGCGAUGGUGCAGGCGAGACCCCCGGCUCGCCAUUCGCGCAAGUUCUCGCCAGUGUCAGGUGA